GCAUGCUCUAUUUCCAGAUGGUGAUCAUGGCAGGGACGGUGAUGCUGGCGUACUACUUCGAGUACACGGACACGUUCACCGUGAACGUGCAGGGCUUCUUCUGCCACGACAGCGCCUACCGCAAGCCCUACCCGGGCCCGGAGGACAGCAGCGCCGUGCCCCCCGUGCUCCUCUACUCGCUGGCCGCCGGGGUCCCCGUGCUCGCGAUAAUAGUUGGAGAAACUGCUGUGUUUUGCCUACAACUAGCCACCAGAGAUUUUGAAAAUCAAGAAAAAACUAUUUUAACUGGAGACUGCUGCUAUAUAAACCCAUUGGUGCGGCGAACUGUCCGAUUUCUUGGAAUCUAUACGUUUGGACUCUUUGCCACCGACAUCUUUGUGAAUGCCGGCCAAGUAGUCACAGGAAACCUGGCUCCACACUUUCUUGCCCUGUGUAAGCCCAACUACACCGCACUCGGGUGUCAGCAGUCUACACAGUUCAUCCGUGAUGAAGAGGCCUGCACUGGCCACCCGGAUCUCGUCCUGAGAGCGCGGAAAACCUUCCCAUCCAAAGAAGCUGCACUCAGCGUCUACGCAGCUAUGUAUCUGGCAAUGUAUAUUACCAACACAAUCAAAACCAAAGGAACAAGACUUGCUAAGCCUGUUCUGUGCUUGAGCUUAAUGUGUUUGGCCUUUCUUACUGGACUCAACAGAGUAGCAGAAUAUCGAAAUCAUUGGUCAGAUGUGAUAGCCGGCUUUCUGGUUGGCAUAUCUAUAGCAGUAUUUUUGGUUGUGUGUGUGGUAAAUAACUUCAAGGGAAGACAACCAGAAAAUGAGCAUGUACAUAUGGAUAAUCUGCCACAGAUGCCGAUGAUCAACAUCCCUCGAGUAGAAAGUCCUGUGGAAAAGAACCACAUCGCGGCCUUCGCGGAAGUCACAUGAUAUUGAAGCAGCUGGUCUUUCCCUACAUUGGACAUCAUCCCUCUUUACCAUCCAUCCAUAGCACCCAAAGUUUGUUUGAUCACUAGAGAGGCUUUUAACGUCGUCUAAUGAUUUUUAUAAUUUUAGAAUCCAUGUCAGCCUGUUUCCCCCACUAGACCGGGUGCCCCUCGAGGGCAGGACUGUGUCCACUUCUCUGUACCCCCAGCACCUACAAUGAUAUCAAGCACAAAGUAGGUGUUCAAUAAAACAUUGUAUGCAAAUGAACAUAUUAAUUCUUAAAUAAAACGUUCACUUUAGUUUCUCACAGUUAUCACGCCAACUAUGUGAAAAGAACCCCGAGGAGUCAUCGUUGCUCAAGAGAACCCUCCAUGUGGGGCUGGUUAAGCUUUUUUAACUGAUCGUUUAUCUGUUCAGCAGUAUGCCAUAUUUGAUUUGAAGUGGACUUUGAAAGUCAUGGGAGUUUUAUUUUAUUAUUCAGCAUGACAUAAUUUCCAUUCUAACAAGAUUUUAGCGUGUGAAACCACCUUACUUUUAGGAAGUCUGUUCUAUACUAAAAUAAUGUCUGCACAUUACCUUAUGUGAUAUUUCACUUUAAAAUACCAUCCAUACUCUACAUUCUAAGACUGGUGCUUCUGCUUUUGAAGGGAAAAAUGCCCAUUUUUACUGUAAUAAGUAAUGUAUCAUAAUUAAAAGUUAUUUAUUUGGA